GCUCUAGGGGCUCCAAGUUCACAAGUCACUGCAGGAUCUGGCCGCCCCUUCUGCUCUCAUCCCUUCGCUCCCGGUGCUGCAGAGCUAUGGGCCUCCAUCCUGCUCCUCAAUCACACCUGGCCGGCUCCUGCCACUCUGUGUGGCAACGGUUACAUUCUGAGAGCAUGGCACACCGCGUUCCGUCACUCAAUCUCCACAGCCAGGAGGCAGGGCUUCUCUGUCCCUCACCUGGGCUAGGUGGGGAUCGCAGUUGCUCUUGGACCAGCUGUUCCAGCCGCUGGGCCACCAGAGCAUAGAAAUCCGGAGUGGCUGAGCCUGGGGUGAGAAGAGCCAAUGAUGGGUCUCCGGGACAUCGGGAAGUUAUGGAUUCUCUCCGCCUCGCCAGGCCGAACUAUGGGUACCCAGAAGCCUCGGAUCCUGCCCUGGCUGAGGACGCUGCUGGACCAGAGGCGGCUGGAGGGGGUGGCCUGGCUGGACGAGAGCCGCACGCGCUUCCGCAUCCCUUGGAAACACGGCUUACGCCAGGAUGCCCAGCAGGAGGACUUUGGCAUCUUCCAGGCCUGGGCCGAGGCCAGCGGCGCCUACACUCCUGGAAAGGAUAAACCUGAUCUGCCCACCUGGAAGAGGAAUUUCCGAUCAGCCCUGAACCGGAAGGAGGGGUUGCGUUUAGCGGAGGACCAGAGCAAGGACCCACACGACCCGCACAAGGUCUAUGAGUUUGUGAACCCAGGAGCUGGGGACUUUGCCGAGCUGGACACCUCUCCAGACACCAACAGUGGAUACAGUAUCUCUGACACCCAGGAAGACACACUGGAUGAGCUAAUGAGUGACAUGGCCUUGGACCCAUUCCCAGAUGGGGGGCCCUCGAGCCUACCUGUGGUCCCUGAGCAGGUCCCUCCCUUCCUGCUGAGCCCCACCUUAGACACCCCUGCCCCCUGCCCAGACUUGCAGCCCCCGGGAAACCCACUAAGGCAGCUGCUGGUGCCUCAGGACGAGUGGGAGUUCGAGGUGACUGCCUUCUACCGGGGCCGCCAAGUCUUCCAGCAGACUGCUUUCUGCCCGGGGGGCCUGCGGCUGGUGGCAUCAGAUGCAGACCCGACACUGCCCGGACAGCCAAUAAUCCUGCCGGACCCCGGGGUGUCACUGACGGACAAGGGCGUGCUGGUCUACGUGAGGCGGGUGCUGAGCUGCCUGGGCGGGGGGCUGGCUCUGUGGAGGGCGGGACAGCGGCUCUGUGCCCAGAGGCUGGGGCACUGUCACACAUACUGGGCCUUGGGCGAGGAGCUCCUCCCAGACAGUGGCCACGGGCCCACCGGCGAGGUCCCCAAGGAUAAGGAAGGAGACGUGUUCGACCUGAGGCCCUUCGUGUCAGAACUGAUCGCCUUCAUCGGAGAAAGCAGACACUCACCUCGAUACACCCUCUGGUUCUGCAUUGGGGAGCCGUGGCCCCAGGACCAGCCGUGGACCAAGAAGCUCGUGAUGGUCAAGGUUGUUCCCACAUGUCUCAGGACCCUGCUGGAGAUGGCACGGUUGGGGGGCGCCUCCUCACUGGAGAACACCGUGGACCUGCACAUUUCCAACAGCUACCCAUUCUCCCUCACCUCGGACCAGUACAAGGCCUGCCUCCAAGACCUGAUUGAGGACAUGGAUUUCUGGGUCCCCGGGGAGAUCUGACCCCUCACUCAUAGAUGCUGGCCCCUCGUGCCCUCACUUUAGCCAAUAAACUUUCUUACCACUGUCA